AUAGAGAGAGAGAGUUAAAAAAUAAGGAAACGGAGAGAAGCCUUCAGAUCUGCCUGGCUGCGAAUUAGGGUUUGAGUAGCAUGUCUUCUCCGUUUUAUUCUCCGACAAAUAUGCAACAAGACAUCGGUCAAUCUCCUCCUGGGUUUGAUACCGAACCAGUCCCAGUCAGCACCUACCAAGACACUGAACCUGUCCCGCUCUCAACUUAUCAUGAAAACGAACAAGACCAACCCCAAGCCACUCAGCAAGAGCUGGACGACUUUUGGGAAAACGGUUUCAACAGAGAAGAGGCCAUUCAAAAGCCAGAGCCACUCUCUCAGACCAAGGAAAAUGGAAAGAGGAGUGUAGACAACAGCUCUUUCACUCACGGAGAAACCGAUCUCAACGAACUCCCAGCGAUCCCACCUGUUUCAACUGGUCAGGGUCCUCCCUAUGCUCCUGUGGAUUGGCCAAGCCCUGGUGAUGUUUGGACUUGGAGAGUUGGGAGGAGAGUGACUGCUCUUGGGUUUCAUCAAGAUAGGUUUCUGAUUCUCCCUCAGAGGCUUCAGCAGAAGAAUGUCCCAAAGACUUUUGCUAGCAAGCCUGCUCUUGCUCGUUAUAUUCAGAUGAAUUUCCCUGAGAUGGAUGCUGAUGCGUUCUUUGCUUCGUUUAGCUGGAAGAUCCCUGCUCUCUUCCAGCCUGCAGACAAAGUUGAUGCUGCGUCUCUCUUUGAGGAGACACCAAAGGAAGCAAAGACCGAAGCAUCAGCUCAAAACGAUGAGAACGUUAAAGAAGGAAACUCCAGAUACAGCCAGAGGAAGAGGAACCCAAUGCCGACAUUUGAUCCCAUUGUAGAGAAACCUAAAGUCACCAAGAAGAAGAAAGGGCCAAAAACUCCUGGCAAAACUGGACCACCACAAUCCUCAACCAAACCGAAACCAUCUCGUCAAUCUUCAAGACGCCCUUCAAACCAGCAGAGCGGUGGUGCUGUGGAGCUGAACCGCCAGAACGAGGGGGAGGAAGGUGGAGCUGCUACUGGGCCUAACACUAGUGGUGGCACCAGGAGAAAGAAACAACGCAGAGUUAACUUGGAGGAAGAAGAUGUUUCGAUUCCUCACAUCUAUGUCUCUCCAAUGAACGGUGUCCUAGCUGUCUCGCACGAGCCUAUUGAUGUUGACCCGAUAGAGUUCGACAGCUACCUGAACUCUCUUGAGAACCUUCUUCACCAAGGUCCAGAAGAUGCUGCUGGGAGAGAGUCUUCCAAUGUUCUUGUUAGUGCAAGCUCUCCAAUGAGAGAGUACGAAUGGGCUGAAGCUCGUAUGAAGAUUUCAUCUCUUCUAGAGAAAGACUUCCCUACUCUGUUCGUCUCAAAGGACGCUGCGGAGAUUGCAGCGUUAGCAACUAAGCUGAGGAAAGAUCCAAACCUUUCCGCUGAGGAGAUAGUGAGGUUGAAGCUCAUAGAAGAGAUUCCAACGUUCAGCGAAGUGUUUCAAGAGAACAAAGCUGUGAUUGAAGAAGCAGACAGAUUCUUCUCUGCCUUGGAGCUUAACAAAGCUAAAGUAGCCUCGCUUAAGUACGAGUACAGCGAUCUGAAGCACAAGCUAGGGAGUAUCCAUAUGGAAGUAGACGAGAACUCUGAGGCAAUCCGUCAGAUUGAUGAACAAAUCGCUCAGCUUCAAGCUAGGAGGGCUGAGCUGAAGAAGUACAUUGGUAGCAAGGAGAAGGAGAAAGUUGAUCUGAGCUAUGGACAGAAAAUGGUGGCGAACUCGAUACCUAAAGUGGUGCAGGAAGUUCAAGCAGCUAACUCGAAGAAGCCUGAGUGGGAAUGCAAGAAAGAGAAUGCUCUGAAGCGUGAAGAAGAGAUCCUCUCUAAGUUCACUCCACUCAAAGGCUUCUUCCUCUAAUGAAAUAAAAUCUGGCUUGGUUUGUUUAUCCUUUUGACUAUCCUAUUAUCUUUUUAGCCAGUCUUGUUGUAUUAUUAUCUAGCGGAUUUUUAUUUCUUUUUGUUGGGGUUUAUGUUGCAGACUUCUUGAAACCUGUAUUAGGCUUGGAGUUUUAUCUUAUUAUGUAUGAUUAUGUUGGAUGUUAUUACUCUGCUUAUGUAGCCAGUCAUCAUAACACCUAGUUUUUAUUUAAACUUUAAAAGAAGAGGGUAAGCAAAA